CAGCAGCCGUGUACAGCCUGAAAGGACGUAGUCAAAGCUGAAACCAGAGAGAGAGGCCCUGAAUACCUUGGACCGACUAUAAGCAGCUGCAAUAAUGCACAUUUCUGCUGAGGUCAGUUCGACCACCUCAAAUCAAAUACAGCAGCAACAGCAACAACAACAGCUUCACCAACAGUUGCACCAACAACACCAACAGCAAACGACUCCAACAGCAACGACAACAACGGGCGGCAGCACCACGAAGCGGCGUAAUGCAGAGUCCUCCUCCAAUAAUAACAAUAAUAAUAGCAGCAGCAACAACAACAACAACAACAACAGUAAUAAUAAUAAUAAUAAUAGUAGUAGUAACAAUGCCAAGACAAAACCAGUGGACACUAGUCCAUACCUGACACCAGAGAACCUCAUCGAGCGCACCGUCGACGUCCUGCUCGCCGAACAUCCCGGCGAGCUGGUCAAGACGGGCUCACCCCAUGUGGUCUGCACCACAUUACCCACGCAUUGGCGAUCAAACAAGACGCUGCCGAUUGCCUUCAAGGUGCUGGCCUUGGGCGAGGUCAUGGAUGGGACAAUAGUCACCAUUCGGGCGGGCAACGAUGAGAAUUUCUGCGGAGAGCUGCGCAACUGUACGGCGGUGAUGAAGAACCAAGUGGCAAAGUUCAAUGAUCUUCGAUUUGUGGGAAGGAGCGGAAGAGGCAAAAGCUUCACGCUGACAAUAGUCAUCUCGACGAAUCCCAUCCAGAUAGCAACGUACACGAAGGCCAUCAAAGUGACCGUGGACGGGCCGCGGGAGCCACGCUCCAAAGUCCGACAUCAGGGCUUCCAUCCGUUCGCCUUUGGGCCGCAGCGCUUCGGACCGGAUCCACUUAUGGCCGGAUUGCCCUUCAAGUUGCCAGGUUUCGCCCAUCAUUUGGUGGGGAUGCACAGUCAUCUGCAUGCUCCCGAUUGGCGUGCCCACAUGGCCCUAGGUGGGCGUUCAGCGGGCUUCCCAGCAGGCCCAUUCUUCGGGCAUCAUGCGGCAUUUCCGGCGGCCAGCGGCUUGAGAGGAUUGAGCGCAGAUGGCCAGCAGCAGCAACAGCAUCAGCAGCAGCAGCAGCAGCACCAACAGCAAUUGGCGACAGUGGGUGCCGCUCACAGCACCACCAGUCCGGAGGGAUCCCCCACCACAACGACCAGUGGAACGUUGAGUGCGUUUGUCCAGCCAGCGAUCCACUGUCCCCUCGGCUCGCCCCGAUCACCACCCACGAUCCUCACCUCGCUGCAGCACGACAAUAACAACAACAGCAGCAACAUCGAUGCGGGCUUCGAGAGCGAUAGUAUUUCGGUGACGGGAUCGCCCCGGAAGAGCAUCAGCUCUCCGCUCACACACGACGAAGAGGAGGCUGAAGCGGAUGCUGAAGCGGAAGCGGAAGCUGAGGCAGAAGCGGAACCAGAUGGCGAGGCGGAAGCGGAACCCGGCACACAGCUAAGCGGCGAUGCCAGAAGCCUGGCCACGAUCAGUGGACGCUCAGUCGCCGGAUCCCUGACCGAGACCGCCCCCGGAUCGGGUGGGGCAUUCACCGCCCUCAUCCAGCGCAGCAAAAAUCCAUCGGAGCUGUUCGGCGGCUUUGCGGCGGCCGGCGCUAAUCACUUUGCCCCCUCGCACAGCUUCAAUCCGGCCUUGGCCGCUCAGCUCUUCCUGCAGAGCCCGCUCCUGCCGCAGUCCAGCCAGUGGCUGUACACCCAGCUCUAUGGCAGCUACAGUGAUCUACCCUGGCUGAGGAGCGCCGCAGCGGCGGCAGCGGCCAGUGCGGUCCCAGCCCAGGUCCAGGCCCAAGCCCAGACGCAGGCGCAGCCCCAGGACUCAGCGACUUCGUUGAUGAGUAGCGGCGGCGACCACGACGGCGUUAAUCUGAUCAAGCGCUGUGUCACACUGAUCACGCACAAUCCGCCGGAUGCGGAGAAUGCCAAUCCGAAUUCCUCGCCGCCGGUCAGCUCCACGCGCCGUUCGCCCUCGCCGUCGCCCGUUGAGACCAUCGAUCUGGACGAUGUCAGCACCACAUCUCGCUCCGCCAGCGGCUCUGCUUCCGGGUCUGGGUCCAGUGGUGGCGGCCCCAUACGGACGCGCACUCCCAAGCCUUCGGCGGAUGUGUGGCGCCCCUACUAGCGGCUGGCGGUCGCCUUGCUGGGCACCUGCCUGGCGGCGCAUGGACAGGGCGAGCAGCGGAUCGAUGGGAAGGAUGCCCAGGAGACCAAACCCAAGGGAUACGGGGACAGAGAUUGAGACAGAGGGAGAGGAGAGGAGAGAGAGAGUGAGAGUAUUGCGGUUGUGGUGUUGUGUGAAUAGUCGCCAUAUCGCAGCUGGCGGGGGUUGCUCCAUGGACAUCCAGAUAGAUAUAUAUAUCCCUGGCUUGCACGUAGAGACACUUG